CGUUUAGUUGGGUGUUCACAAGUUGUCGAGAGCUCGUACGGUGCAGCCGCGAGUGACAUUCGUGUCGGACAUACGAUCACGGGCUGUUCUAAAGAGGUGCACACGCGCAGAACCUCACGUUCGUCGGAUUGCGUCUCGUGAGUCAUUGUUGUGUUGACAGUUGACCCAGCUCGGUCCUCGUGUCAUCGUCGCUUGGCCGAAACUGUUUGCGAUUCUGUCGCGGCUGUGGUCUCCGCACCGCACGCCGUGAACAGAGACCCGAUCGAUUAUCGAACAGAACCGAUCGUCGUUGCAGCGACGGGUACGCGUGGCUGAGAGACGUUCGACGCAGCCAGUGGUGUUGUCAAUUCUCCAUCCGCGAGGCCAGCGCGCUGCUGACAUAACCACUUUUGAUUGGCGGGCAUAUUUCACUUUCUGCUGCAUCGAUGGUGCGAAGUUUGACGAUGGAGCAGACGUUCUACGAGGACACGGGCGUUUACGGCGUCGUGAAUCGCGAGAACAACAUGGGCCAGCUGAAGCGUAAUCUCACGCUGGACCUGAACCUGUGCCAGCGACAGGGGCCGCAGGCGAAGAAGCCGCGGCUGGGGCCCCUGCCGUCGGCGCUGAACAACAUGACGCCUAUUCUCAGCUCUCCCGAUCUAAACAUGCUGAAGCUGGGCUCCCCGGAACUGGAGAAGCUGAUCAUCGCCCAGCAGGACAACUUGGUGACGAACUUACCGACGCCCACGCAGAUCCUGUUCCCGAAGGUGGUCACCGAGGCGCAGGAACAGUACGUCCGCGGCUUCGAGGUGGCAUUGAACGAGCUCCACCAUUCGGACAGCUCUCAGGAGCCGGGCAGCAUCUAUGGGGCGACCUACACCACCCUGGAACCGCCGAGCAGCGUGCAGAGCACCGAAUCGUCCGUCAGCCAGAGCCUGGUGCAGAUCAAGGACGAGCCGCAGACGGUGCCGAGCGUGUCGAGUUCGCCGCCGAUGUCGCCGAUCGAUAUGGAGAACCAGGAGAGGAUAAAGCUCGAGAGGAAGCGCCAGAGGAACCGCGUGGCCGCGUCCAAGUGUCGCAGGCGCAAACUCGAGCGCAUCUCCAGGCUGGAGGACAAGGUCAAGCUGCUCAAGGGGGAGAACAGCGAGCUCAGCGCCGUGGUUCACAGGUUGAAGGACCACGUGUGCCGGCUGAAGGAGCAGGUGUUGGCGCACGUGCAGUCCGGCUGCCAGAUUAUGGCCGUGCCCGGUCAGUUCUGAGUCCCGGGGACACGGGGACUAGACUCUCUCUGACGUGUGUACGUUCCGUUUGGUGGGAGUUGGUUGUGUGACUUCCGUCGGACGUGGUUAACUAUGCCUUUUUUUUCCGACGAGGACCACCGGUAGCCGUCGCCUCGACGAUCCGGGGAGAAUCCCCCCGGACUCGUUCACAAUUCGCACUGUUUCGUGCUUUCGUCUUCAUAACCCCCCCGCUCCAUUUCAUCAUCCCUGGACGAAGAGGAACACACGGUGAUAUGCAACGAUGUGAGAGGAAACCGGGAGUGCCUUGGUGUGCUUAGAGGGAACACGGGGAGACCACGACGAGGAUUAAUUAUCGGCCGCGUCGUUCGUAGCUGGGGCUGGCUGGUCGAGCUACGGCUCCGUACGCACGUGAAACUCAUUGCGUACACGCCUAAGGGGGCGGCGACGCGAUAAGUGGAAGAACUGUGUGCGACCAGAAGAACACAAGAGAUCGGAGGAGGAGGAGGAGGAGGAGUGUGGGUGACGAGGAGACGAGGGAGAAAGGCAGAGAGAGAGAGAGGGAGAGAGAGAAAGAGAGGAGAUGGAGAAAAAGAGAGAGAGUGGGUGGGACCUGCCGGGCGAAGAGAGAGGGACUUCGCGGUGCGCGGCGGCCAUUUUGGAGAACCGCGAGUAACGGCGGGAGAUUCGAAUCUCCGUGAGCCUAGAAAUUCUUCGUUCCGCGUUAUCUUUCUUUUUCUCCUCUGUUUUCCGGUAUCGCCUCGCUCGAAAAAUAAUACCAUCGCGCCCGUUGUAAUCGAUCCCCCGCGGAGAUUGUUGCGUGAUCGCUCUCGUAUCGUUGUUUGCUAUCGGAACACACACAAGUACGCGCGAGCACGUUCGGCGAUCAAGAUGAACUUUGCACAGAGCCGUCUCUCGUCGCGGUAUCUUCCGAUUCGAUUUCUUCAUUGUAUUCUCUCCCCCCGCCCCACCCCCUCAUACUUUUCUGUUUUCUUUCUUUCUUUCUUUCUUCCCCUUUCUUAGAAAGUUUUACAAUUUCGAGCGAUCGAGAACGAUCCUCGGUUGGUCCGGGAUUUCGUGGCAAUCCGCAAUCGGGAAACGAUUGGGAAAACUUUUUUUAUACUCCGGCGACCCGGCGGCGUCGCCGCCGCCGCCGCUCUUUGUAACAACGUUUUUCGCGUCUUUGUCGUUCAAUCAAAACCUGAGAACAGCUUCUUUCUAUCGAGGACUCGGUACGAUGUACAUAAUAGCGCUGUAAUACCCGUAUUCACGCGAAGAGUAACCGAUUUAAUAGUCUAAGGAACCGUUUCUCUCUUCGUUUGCUCGGGAGAGAAUAACGACGCUGUUUGUACACGGCGGGCAAGGAAACAUAUGUGCUUUCUCCGAUCAGAAGAAUCUUUGGUGCGAACGCGUGGAUCAAGGGCGAGUUCACGCUGAUUUGUUAGAUAUAGCCACACGGUGCUGUAAAAGAUUUUACAUAUUUUGAGACACGCGUCCGCAGAAUAUACAAUUACACACACGUUUGUCGACUCCGAGGCUCUUUUACCCGUUUCGAUUUGUCUACACGGACUUGUUACUGGACUCCUCUCGACACCAUUCGGCCGAACGAUAUUCUUGAUCGCGAUCGUUUAACACCCGCUUUUAUAACCUGUUAACCGGGGAGGACGAACCUGCCGGCUCCUCGUUCGUAUUUCGGGCCAAUGUUUCUUUUUCUCUCAUGUUCACUCGGACAGACUUAUUAUAUAUAUAUAUAUAUCACUUUUUCGAUCGAAACACUUACACACAUUUUAUCCGCGCCGCUUUUAUCCGUUUCUCACCGUUUGCACUCGAGACAACGUUCGCGCGUGACCGAUUUUCUUGUUUCUUUUUUAUCAUUAAACGCUGCAAAAAAUUGAAUCGUACGCGCCACGUGCGUACUCUUUCCCGGGACUUCGAAACGUUCCGGGUUUUUUUUUUUAAAUAUCGCGAUGAUAACGUCGAGUGCAGAGGGUCGAUCGUGCUCGCGAUCGAGCAUCGAGCGUCGUCGAAGUUGUCCGUUUAACAGGUUCCAACAGAACUACUACCAUUGUUUUUAAGGCUGUACAAAUAGGAUUAGACGUUAGGAGCGCAAUGUUGCCGGCGUUGAAGUCACCGACGACGUCAAAUACCAUCUUGCCGGGUUCGGACGCGCGGCGCCACAUCGUCGAACCGUUGUUGUAAUAAUUUUCUAGUUGAGAAAGCUGUUUCGAGCGUGUCGGCGAGACCGCGUCCGAGCCGCGGCCAUUCUCUCGGCACACGGGGAAGCCCCGAAUCUUUCCUUUUUUUUUUAGAUUUUAAGCUGGAGACUGGUGUGUAACAAGUCGCGUCCUUCUCGGUUCCUCGACGUCCCCGCCCGGGGCGUCGUCGAACGUUUUCGUUUUGUCAUAUGUGCAUCUAGUCUUGUCCAAGUACGCCCUCGUAACUUAUGCGCGUCGCGUACCGCGCGCGGCUACGCAUAAAAUGUACGCGUACACACACACACAUACACACAUACAUGAAUGCAUACAUACACACAUACAUGAAUGCAUACAUACAUACAUACAUACGUACACAAGUGCACCAGGUUGUGUUACCACGUGCGCGACUCCAUGCUGCGUUUUAACAUCGGCGCACCACCGACAGUCGCGGAACAAUUGAUUCGUAGUAUUUAGAAAUCAUUGGGCGAGCUUCUUUAGCCAGAGUCGAGUCCGAUUUUUUAUUCAUGAAGCCAUCGGUUGGCAAAGUUAUCCGUUCAGAAAUAUAUUCUUCUACGCGUUUCACCGCUCAGCUGCGUCGUUCUAUCUUUAAAGUUCGAUUUCCCGUGCAGUUUCAUUCGGCCAGUUGCUCCAGAAUUAUUUUCAAAUCCGCCAAAUUUAUGAACAUUAUUAUAUAUAUAUAUUUAACCCGAAUCGUGGGACUGUAAGAUUACCGGUUUCCUUUGUGUACACAAGUCGCCCACGGCUAAGCGGUUGAAACGCUUUUGUCUCGGUACUCGUGGGACUUGCGCUGGCUUCCGAACCCUUCGAUCACAGUUCCAAUGAUUGUAACGAUUUAGAGACGAUCGGGGGAAUUGCAAUUUGUAAUCACGGUCGGUGGUUCCAGUGUUAAAAGGAGGCGAGCACGCGACGAACGAUUUUCAGCGUGGACAAAAAGAAAAACAGGGAACGUUGCGGAACGCUCCCGGAGUUUUCCGCAGUUUCCGAACCGCGCAGCGUUACCGUUGUGCCAUCACGCGAGCAAUCGCUGCGAGGAGAACGCUACCAGUGUUCUCCCUCGUAAGCGCCGUAACACGGUCAGCCUGUACAAUGGCGAAGAUCACGAGAAUCUUUACGGCGAUCAGCAAUAAGCUUUCCGCGCGACGUACAGUAUAAACGAGCAAUAAUCAAGCAAUCGUGAUUCGUUUCAUCGUUUUUUUUUUCUUCUUCAUUUUUCUUCAUCCGGUUUCGCUCGACGCCGACGGAUCUUUCCGCGUCGGAGUCGUAUCGAAUGCGGCACAAUGUUGUUUCUCCGCGUUACGUAA